UUUCCGUGAUGGUUUCGGACGUGCGAGCAGCGGCAGCUUCGUCCCGGGUUUCAGCAUUUCCCGCGUUUCGCACUGCUGUAAGGUCCAACCGUACAGCGUUGUCGAUUCUCCGGCUCCUCUGAAAGGGUUGCAUGGUUCCUGACAACCUCACGUGACCUACUCGCUUAUUUUCUACGUGGAAUGCACAACUUCCGGCAUUGGUUCAAGGCAUGAUACAUCAUUAGGCCGGUGUUUUCUGUGCAAUAAAUAGGACACAUUGCUUUCGUCCGACGAAAGUAAGGCCCAGGUGGGACAGAAGUGUAUGGUGCCGGCUGAGGUUCAUAACUGCUCGGAAACUCUACUUGAUGCGAAGAUGAGUACACCUUAUGCCGUCCUGGCCUCCGGCAGAUGCCGAAGACUACAGCCCGCUGACUUUCAGCACACAACAGAGCAAGGUGUAGGUGGCGACGGGGUGAUUCCAUCGGAAGCCAUGGCUAAGAAGACGACAGUACGGCCACUUCGGAGCUCCGUGGCCACGGCGGGGAACGUUCCACCUCCUCCACCACAAUGUUACGCGAAGGACGAGUCAGAGGAAGCUUCCCACUUGGCCGGUUUCCUGGCAUGCCAACACGGUUGCCCCGUAGCUUCGGUCUCAGUCACGCACAAGAGCCACAUUAACUCCAUGUGCCGCUUCCUGCUGGGCUACCGCUUCGACUUCGAAGAUCCACGAUUUGUUCCUAUAUGUAAAGCACUCUCCGGGUUCCGGCUACAGUCAGCUGCUGCGCCAGUGAACACCGGGCUGUGUGGCUGCGCAGGGCAAUCAUUGACCGCCUCUGGCCAAGUUCCUUGAGUGCAAGCCGGCACCGCCUGCUCAAGUCUCUCAACAUCGCGGUCAGCUAAGCAAGGAAGCAGGUGAAACCUUCACGUUUGAAGAACGGUUUCAAGAAGCGAUCCUCCUUUUACUCGGGAAAGGAAAAAUUCCCCAUUUGUCAUGCCAAACACGUCAGAAUGAUGAGACCACGGAGCUGUUCGCACUAGCGCCAGCAAGAGCCCUGUCCUGGCCAUUUGGCCGAAAUGUCAAGCCGGGGAUGCGGCGAGCGCGGCUUAGGCGGCGUGCCUCUGCCAGGCGCGCUGGCGUCUCCCACCAACAAUGACUCCACAAACGCAACCGCCGUAGUGGUCUUCCCGGACUCCGCAGUGUGGGACGGUCCGCUGGUGCAGCGCGUGGUCACACUGUCAGUCAUCAUGUUCUUCACGUUGGCCGGAAACGCAGCCAUCGUGGCGGUGCUGGCACGACCACGCGCCGCGAUGCGUUCAUCGUCGCGCGUCAACCUCUUCAUCCUGCAUCUUGCUGUCGGGGACCUUGCCGUGGGACUCUUUACACAAACGUCGGAGAUUCUAUUCGAGGUAUCCGGCAGUUGGGUUCUGGGCGCCUUGGGCUGCAAGCUGGUCGUGUACGUGCAGAUGGUCACCCUCGCUUCGACAACCUUCAUCUUGGCUUCGAUGAGCUACGACCGGUACGCGGCCAUCUGCCGACCGCUCGAGUCGCGAUCGGGGCUGCGUCGCGCAAAGGCAAUGCUGGUCACAUCCUGGGCCCUCGCCUUCAUCUUCGCCAUUCCACAGCUAUUCAUCUUCGUCGAGGUACAAACAGGGGUGACUGCCUCCGGUCAGCCCCAUAUGGAGUGCCUGAGCGUUGGAUACACGCGUCACUGGCAACGUCAGCUUUACUUCUCCUGGCUCACGCUGUACAUCCUGGUCGUGCCUGGCCUGCUCAUAUCGGCCUGCUAUCUGCGUCUGCUGCGGGUCGUCUGGACUGCCUCGGCACCGGAUGGCGCUGGCUUUCUCGUGGCGGCCGGCUCGAAAGACAGGGACCAGAUCGGUGCCAGCUUCAAGGCCAACGGCAAGGGACCGCUACCGACUCUGCGGCGCUGCGCACAGGCACACCCGCUUCUACCCAGAGCACGCGCCAAGACCCUCAAGCUCACGGUGUGCAUCAUAGCGAGCUUCAUGCUCUGCUGGAUACCAUAUUUCGCGGUGCACAAUGUGCGGAUCCACAGCCACUACUGCAUCAAGGUACCACGUGCUGUCAUCGUGUUUGCCGAGACGGUCGCCCUGCUCAACAGCGCCGUCAACCCCAUAUUUUAUGGCCUCUUCAACGUGCACAUUCGCCGCGGACUGUGCGAGAUCCUGUGCAGGGGUCGAGGCGGCAGCCGUAGCCGCAGCUGCUACUACGGCCGGGACUCGACGCUACGUCAGCGAGGCCUGACAACGGCCCAGGUCGUGGCGCUUACGACGAGCACCUGCGCUCCCGACGCCAGCUCGCUGGCCAGCCCCGCCCUCAGCAACGGCCGCCUGCUUCAGCUGCAGCAACUCCAGGAUCAGGACAGCGUGAACUUAAGCAACGUCGAGGCCGUUCCCUUGGUUGCGAUCAACGGCAAUGCCGCGGCAGCCUGUGAAGUGUAACGCACCAAAAUUAGCAUAUCACUGGAACAGCCAACAUUUCUAGAUUACUUUGUCAGCUUCAGAACUAAGCCUCAGAGCUUCGCUGAAACGGGGCUCACUUACGUGAAUGUCUGAAGAUUUCUUUUCAAGCGUGCUGCCACGUGGAAAAUACUGCAGUGGGCUGCGCGUAGUGCGGCUUCUGAAAUCGACCAUUGGUCACUGAAGAUAAGAACACUUUUCUGUUGCUGCUCAAAUACACUGCGGUCGCAACCCGCGUUAACCUUGUAAAUAGGUGGUGUAGUCAGAGGGCAUGUCGAAUGAACUUCGGUGCAUUAUCUGCCGAAAACUUGAUGUGGUUACUGUCUGUGAUACGUAAAAUUGGCUCAUCUUACUUCAAGGAGAACUACUUUGUUGUUGUCCCUUGCUAUGUAUGCAGGAACGUGUGCGGUAUAGCAAAAUGGAGUGAACCGAAAGGCAGUCACAGCGUUGCCUGUGAACGCCGUGGUGGCUUAUGAGCUUGGUCUCAAGAGAAGGUGCUCUAGGUACAGGACAAGUGCCACAACUAGAGAUAUUUGCCGGCUUCUGUGAUUAAAGGACACUCAUGUUAUUUUUUGCUUCAUUUCCUACAACUUCAUUAUGCUUUCCUGGCUUGGCACGGAGCAAGUUGAUGUUAGCAACCCAGGUCUAGCACAAUGGGCAAGUGACAUAGUUGAACUUACUAGAAACGCAAAAUAUUUUCAAGUUCACAGCAAAAGUUGCUGUACAUGUAUUCGUUAUUUGGAAACACUAAAACGUCCUACAAAUAUUAGGCAGCUUGAAGUGUGCACUUGAGAACUUUUCAAGACGCCAAUGAACCGUUGCGUCAGAUUACUUAAGACGCAUAGUUCCGUAGUGAAGGGCAGAAGGUUUAUUCCUUUGAUUGAGUGCCAAACGCAUAAGGUAAAUGUUUUUUUUUCAUACUUUGGAGUAGUAAACAGUUAAGCAUUGCAAACUAAUAGUGCGUGGCAUGUCCGAAGCCGUAAGAGUUUGAGAAUUACACUCGGUUUCAUGCCUCGACGAUUGCAAGGAUGACAUCUAGUCUAGUUGUUGAAAGUUACGGCCGAUGCGACACUGUAAAUUGUAACAAUAAAUGAGAACAACACAAAAAGAACCGCUGCAAUAAAGGAGCUAUUUACCUACAUAGCAGUGUCAUUGAAUGUACAUAUCACGGAUCAUAAUUUAUAGCGAGCUCAACGGUGGUCACUCCACCUAGGAUGGUUGUGUAAACUGAAAUAUUGUGUGAAAUAAAAUUACUU